CACAUACAACAGCAGCAAGUUAGUCUGCCACAGACCACAGCUUCAGCAGCGCCUUCGUCAGGAGAUGACGUGGUCGACAGACUCCUGUACACGCACGUCCCUGCAGCAGUGGAGGGCGACGCCGGUGCCCCGUCAGUGACCAUCAAGGAGGAGAAGCCCUAUAAACCUUUUAAAUGUCAACAAUGUCCAUACGAGACAGAACGUAAACACAGACUUAAAGUCCACGUCAUGGCUAUACACACGGGCGAGAAGCCGUUCAAAUGCUCGCAAUGUGAAUACGCAGCGGCUAGAAAGUCUACGCUUAAAGAACACACGCUAACCAUACAUUCUGACCUCAAACCUUACGAGUGCAAUGAGUGCGAAUAUCGUACGAAGAAACAGUCUAACCUCAAGGUUCAUUUACGUGCAAUUCAUUCCAACGACAAGCCUUACAAGUGCACAGAGUGCGAUUAUUCCGCUGCACUCAAAACGCUGCUCAGGAAACACAUGGACCGGUUCCACUCCAUCGACGCGAAAUCCUUCAACCCUCUGCAAUGUUUACGGUACUCCAAAAAAAGAUCCAAUUCAACUCAAGCUCAACAACAACAACUUGAAGACCAACAGCAGCAACAACAACAAAUAACCCAGCAAAUUCAAGUCCCAGAGACACAUCCAUCUUUACCCGAAGAAGCUGCCAUCGCUGUUCCCGCCGAGCAGCAGCAGCAGCAGUUAACGCAGCACGUGCAGCAGCUGCAGCAGGAGCAGCAGCAGAAGCAGCACACUCAGUCCAUCAUCAGUGGCGUGACCACGGUUACUGAAGGCUCAGAUAAGCCCUUCCACUGCACCUUGUGUGGCUUCAGAACCGCGAGGAAGUCCAACCUGAAGGCCCACAUCUCGACUGUGCACCUCAAGGAGAAGCCCCACAAGUGUUCUGAGUGUGACUUCAUGACGGCACGCAAGGCCAGCCUUCGCACGCACAUGUCGUCCAUACACUCCGUGGGCGGCAAGCAUGCAAACAAGUCCUAGUGGGGGACUUGAACAAGUCCUAGUGGGGACUUGAACAAGUCCUAGUGGGGACUCCUACACUCCGUGGGCGGCAAGCAUGCAAACAAGUCCUAGUGGGGGACUUGAACAAGUCCUAGUGGGGACUUCUGGGCAAACAUGAUGAAGGGUUGGGAGUGUGGGGAUCAAGGCAAUAAUUGUUUUAGGGAAGACAAGCUUACAGUUUUUUUUUU